AUGUCCGGAGAGCAGCCAAAGAAGCCCGCGGGAGGAGCCUAUGGAGUCUGGCUGGCGGAGCAUCGCGCGGAAUUGCAGAAGGAGGUCGGCCCGGGGAAGCCCGCAUCGGAGGUUGCCAAGCUCGCCGGAGCACGGUUCAAGGAGAUCAGUGCCGAAGAGAAGGCCAUAUACCAGACGAAGUUUGAGGAGGCCAAGGCCAAGUAUGAAGCAGACAUGAAGGCCUUCCUUGAGGCGGGCGGUGAGAAGAAGGGCAUCAAGAGGAAGGCCGACAAGGUCACCAAGAAGAAGGAUCCUGCAGCACCUAAGAAGCCGGCUGGUGGUGCCUUCGGCUGCUUCCUUGCUAAGAACCGGGCGGCCUUCAUGGAGGAGACCAAGGGUCAGCCCAUUACGGCUGUCACAAAGCUCGCCUCCGACCGGUGGAAGAAGCUCAGCGAUGACGCGAAGAAGAUUUUCCAGGACGAAUAUGAGGUCAAGAAGGCCCAGUAUGACGAGGCCAAAAAAUCAUAUGUGCCCCUGCCCAGUGCCGAGGACGAGGAGAUCAAAAAACCGGCAAGGAAAGCAAGGGCUUCCAAGGGGGAGAAGGAUGCGGCCAAAGAGAGUGCCAAGGACAAGAAAGCCAAAGAGGCCACCAUCCCGCCCGCAAAGCGGUCCGUGCUUGGCGCCUAG